CAAAAAUACAGAAGUUUUACUGACUCAGAACUGUUCAAAAGCUAAAAACCGCUGAGAAGGGAGUGAAUUAAAAUGUUUCAAGUUUAUUAAAUGUGUUGAAAGAACUUUAUCCAAAGGACUGAAAAAACAGCGAACGCGGUGAGACACCGUAUUAUUUGACGUGUCUCCGUGUAUGCGACGACAACGUUUCGUAUCCUCGAAAACACGGACCCUGCAGGAUGUUUUGAUAGGGAUAGGGUACCACUGAGUUAUAGCUGCGUGUUACACCAUUAUAUCGCACAGUGAAACCUUAUAGUUUACAGGAACUGGAAAUAACAUUUAAUGUGUAAUAAAUCGGAUUUUCAUAUAUGUGACAGUGAGAAAGUUACUAAGAAUUUAUUAAGUAGCAAAUAUAUUACCUAUGUGGAUUUUGUGUUGAACAAGGACAAAAACUUUCAAAAUGAUUAAUCCUUUUAUGGAAACACCUCACACCCCUCACUUACCGCCGGGUGCAAUGAAACUAAGUCCACCACAUCACAUGUCGGACGGCGGAAGUAUUCACAACCAGUUGAACCAGUAUGUGCCACAGACAAAUGGUUACAGUGUAGGUGUUCCACCUUCCCAUCUCUCCAGUUACGCGUCACGGGAUUAUCUUCUCCGCCGUGAUAUGGGGCUGCAGAGUCACGACUCGAACAGCAUGUUCAUACCGUCCUCGGGAAGCUACCACACCACACACCACGACACGGGUAGCAGUCACAUGCUGUUCCCAGGGAUCCAUGACGCCACGUCGCACCCGGGCAGCCAGCUUAACAGUCAGAUGAGGCUCGGGCUUACAGGUGCGGAUAUGUACUCCAGGGACCACUUUAAUCAAAUGUCAACACCACGAGCGGAUCACUUCGCGCAUCAGUCUCAUUUUAACUCCAUGAACCCAAUGAACGCUAUGAAUCAUAUGAGUAUGGGACCGCAUGGUCCAGGGGCAUUCUUCAGAUACAUGAGACCCCCAAUCAAACAGGAGCACACUUGCUUAUGGCUCGAUAAGGAUCAACCAGAACCUAAGAAACCGUGCAAUAAGACAUUUACCACAAUGCACGAGAUUGUAACGCAUAUUACCGUUGAACAUGUCGGCGGUCCCGAACAAACUGACCACGCCUGUUAUUGGCAGAACUGCCCGAGAGACGGGCGACCUUUUAAGGCCAAGUAUAAGUUGGUGAAUCACAUUCGCGUGCAUACUGGUGAGAAGCCUUUCCCGUGUCCGUUCCCGGGCUGUGGCAAAGUGUUCGCCCGCAGUGAGAACCUCAAAAUACACAAAAGAACACAUACCGGUGAGAAGCCAUUUAAAUGUGAGUUUGAGGGGUGUGACCGACGGUUUGCUAACAGUUCCGAUCGUAAGAAGCAUAGUCACGUGCACACGAGCGACAAGCCCUAUAAUUGUAAGAUCCGGGGAUGUGAUAAAAGUUACACCCACCCAAGUUCGUUACGGAAACAUAUGAAAGUGCACGGAAAAACAUCACCGUUACCGGAGGAUUACGAUUCUGAUGACGAUUGCCAUAGCAACGAGGGGUCAAUGUCAAGUCCAACAGAUAUCAAACCUAUCUCAUCUGAAACCCCAACACCAAUUAACACGAACACUCAAACUUCAAACCCAUCAAAUGCAUCUAGCCCACCUUUGACAAUAAACCCCCACUCUAGUAUAGUUGAUACUCAGUCUCAGACUAAAUUCAGUGAGUGGUAUGUAUGCCAGAGUGCCGCCGGUAUGCCCACUCCUCCCAGUAACGAACACUCGCCGAUUGGUGGAUUAGGAAUUGGAACGCAUCACAUGCAUUCACAUCUCUCAGCGCUGCACCCACCGUCACUAGUACAAUACUCGUGAUAAACCGUCACUAGUACAAUACUCGUGAUAAACGUGCAAACAUGGACACAUCAGUAAAAGGGAAUAAAACUUAACAAUUCGGAUGACGAUUUUUAUUUUGUUCAGAAAAAAAAACAUACAUUUAUUUUGAACAAUUUUCCUAGAAUGCCGUUCAGAUAAAUGUGACGUAAACCGGAACGGCAUUAUUAGAGAAGUUGGUUUUAGUGACGUCAUAAGUGCUCAAAUAGUCCAAAGUUUAAAACUGUAAAAUCAAAUGACACACAUUUGAUGUAAUUCAAGUCAAAAAUUGUGUUCAGAAUAUAUCAAUUUAAUAGCAAGAAUGCAUUAAAACAAUGUGUUUGGUCAGUCAUUAACCUCGCUUCUCUGUAACGAGAUAGUGCAGUGCCAGACAUUUUGACGUUGGACGCGUGAUGAGCCACGUGAUAGUGUGACUAGGUAAGAGGUAGUUGUCGUAAAAAGCAAAGCGAAAUCUGACGCUAAAUGGGGUCGUUAUUGUUAUUACUAACAUCAAAAAGGAAUUCAGCAUGUUCAAUUUUGUGUCCUUCAAUAUAAUGUUUCUAUACAAACUGUAAAAAAUGAACAAAUGUGGUUAAAUGCGUGUCGUAAGUCUGUAUGUUUUUUUGUGUAUUUCCUUUUUUGAUGACAUAGUCACAGUUGAUAGUAAUUAUCAGAGAAUUUAAGUGUGCAAUUAUAUUAUAUUAAAUGGAGAGAAAUGACUCAAUUUGUCUAUCAGACAGUGAUACAUUGUACGCACUUGUUUAAGUAACUACAUGCUCUACUGUUCGGACGUUUAGUGACGUCAACAGUGAACUAUUUUGAUUAAUUCUAGAAAAGGUAUUAAAUAGUAGAAUGAACGUAAGCUUUUUGAACAACAUGGUAAAACGCACGUUUUCUUGUUGUCAUGGGACACACAUUAAGACAACAUAGAUUUUUUUUAUGAAAUGUCUUUUUUAUUAUUAAGUUCGAAUAAUGAGUUAACAAAAUGCAACUUCAAAAACUAAUCAUUGUUGAUACUUCACGAACUAAAUGCAGUAUCAGAAACAAUUAAUUUCCAAAUGAUAAAUACAUGUAUUCAGCUAUAUAAUUAAUAUAUAUAUUGAAAUGUACACAAAUAAACACCAUUAAAUGGCCAGUAUUUUUAUAGAAAUUUUGAUCGUUCAAAAUGAACAUUACUUUCUCGUCAAACAUUAAGUUCAACUGCAUUUAAGCAAAAAGUUUUAAAGAACAUGGGGACAUGUUUUCUGUACGUUAAGGAUUCUCUGUUUUUUUCUCUAAAUUAAUGUUAAUAAUAUAUACAGAGAGUUUGUUAGAUUAUUCAUUUACUCCUGAAAUCCAUAUGGACGCUUUAAAUGGAUUUAUAUCUAUUUUGAAUGACUUUCGAGCCCCCUGUUGUUCCAGUGUAAAGACUGUGCUGUUUGGGCUCCACGGGUAUGCACGGAUACCUGGCUUUUUAUUUGUCAUGGUAAUAAUAUAUUUCAUUUUCGGAUAAUUUAUCGUAUUACUGGAGGCGUGAUAUUUUCUUAAUCCUUAAUAAAAAUUCGAUCCAUGAUUUUGUCAUUAACAUCAUAAAAAAAAAAUGCCAAAAUGUUACCUUACCCAUUUCCAUGAAAUUGAUAUCGCAAUAUUACGUUUCUACGAAAGUGUACAUUUACCAUUAAUGAUCUGGUUUUUUCUUUUCUUUUUUCUUUCUUUUGUUUGGGGGAGAUAAUCUAAAUAUUGCAAAGAAUGGUGACUAGCUGAAGAAACGAACCAUCGACAGUUUUGGUGCUUGAAAAGCUACAUGGAAUAAAAGCAAUAUUGUGUGAUAACAGACUAAGCCUUUAUCUUAAAACUGCACAUUUGAGACUAUUUUCUGGACCAGCUAUUGAUAAAUAUAUAAAUCAAUGUAACUACAGCAAAUGAGGUCUUUACUAUAUUUUUCUGUAUUAAAUCAUUUAGCACUAACAAAAAGUUACAGUAAAGAAAAAUAUUUAUGAGGGUACAAGGUCAACAUCAGAAGUCAACAUCAGAACCAAGAAUUGUUGUUUACAUUUUCGUAAGUUAUUUUCGAUUUUAGUUUUGGAGAAUAAAGAAAUAAUACUGGAUUUAAUGCAUAAACAUGUGGACAUGUUGCCAGAAACGUACUAUUGUUAGGGUAUUUACUAUUUUACUGAACACAUCAAAAUUGAAAAAGGGACCCCGGAAAGUUCGGCACGGAAAUAAACCGGAUGAUUACUUUCAGUUCACAAGUAUAAGAAAUUUUGUUAUAUUUUUCUGCAUUAUGUUUAUUAUUGAAAUGUUUAGAAACAGUUUAAUGUGAGACGUCGAGUAAGACAGGACGCAUUUUGAAUCUUUUGAAAAUUUCAUUUUCGCUUUUAGCAGCAACAAAAAUAGUUAUAUUUUAUAAGCAUCUGUAACUAAUUUGAAAACAAUAUUUGAUUUAAAAAUAAAUAUAUUGCAAUGAAUUAACGUCCUUUUCAUCAUGACGACUCACAUAUAAUUAUAGUGUAUAUUUACUGGUCAUGCAAAUGUCGCUAUCUUGCCAUUGAUAUAAAUUUUGUAGAUAAACGGAAUAAUGUGCUAAUUGAAGUACCGGUGUUUGCUAAUGUUUCACGUUAUACUGGAGUACCGGUAUUUGCUAACUGGGUAACUGGAGUACCGGUAUACCAGUAUUUGCUAAUUGGAGUGCCGGUAUUUGUAACUGGGUAACUGGAGUACCAGUAUACCAGUAUUUGCUAAUUGGAGUACCAAUAUUUGCUAACUGGGUAACUGGAGUACCAGUAUACCAGUAUUUGCUAUUUGGAGUACCGGUAUUUGUAACUGGGAAACUGGAGUACCAGUAUACCAGUAUUUGCUGAUCGGAGUACCGGUAUUUGUAACUGGGUAACUGAAGUACCAGUAUUUGUCCUUCCUUAUUUACGCACUUUUAAAUAUAUCAUAAAGAUGGACUAGGUCACCUAUAGUAAGUCAAUUUUGUUUUAGCUGAACUUCGUUAAUCUGUUUUCUUAGUAAAGUAAAAACUACGUCAUACAGCAAAGUUCUUUCUUUUUAUCGCAUUUUUUUUAACAAUGAAAAUGAUAAACAGAUUGUCUAAUAUCGAUGUUAUUAUAUAUAUAUAUAUAUAUAUUUAAAAAAAAAUAUCGCAGUAGAAGCUACGCGCAAUGAUAUAAAAGGAAUUAUAUCGUGUUCUUUUUGUUUUAAAACAGGAGAAGAAAUGUUGGUUUAGUGAUAAAGUACCAACGUAAAAGCAAAAUGUUCCAUUGCUCUUAAUUUUAAUCUGUUUAUAGUGGAAAUUAUGGCCAAAAUGUUGAAUGUCAUGAUUUUGUAUAAAUAUUUAUUAUAAGAAGAGGAAAAUAAUACGUUGUGCAGGAAUGUCAACAUAUUAUUAUUAUGUGAAAAUGAUCAUAUGUAUUAUUAAAAAGUGAUAAUUAAAAUAAAAAGGUGAAAAAAUGUAAA